CUCGCUACUUCCGGCCCAUCUCUCUGCCGGCGCCACAGCUGGGCCAGCCCCCUCGCUCCGUCGCUCGUCUUCCUCCUCGCGCGAGUGCCGCCACCGCCGGUUGAUCUCCCCUUCGAUUCUCUCGCUCCCGACCGUUUCUCCCCCUCACCCCCACGAGCUCCCCAAUUCGCAACUGAGGCAAAAAUCAAGGUAGGGCGGCCGCCCUACCUUGCCCUACUGGGUCCUACGCCCGUGGGCCGUCUCAGAUCCUCCGCUCGGCGCAGAUCUGUACCCUGUCUCCGCCGUUCCGACUGAGACAUGGGGCUCGACGCCUUCGCAGCGGCAUGCUGUGCUAUUCCAGUACUCGCAUCCUUGCUCGCCGUACGCUUUGCCUAUGUGCUUUGCCGCAGCGGCCUACCGCCAACGAGGCCUCGUGCCGCCGGCUUGCGGUGUCUCAUCGUCCUCGGGUCCGGAGGGCAUACUGCAGAAAUGAUGAAUAUUAUAACCGAGCUUCAGAAGGAUAGGUUUACACCAAGGUACUAUGUGGCUGCACUUACUGACAGCAUGAGCCUUCAGAAGGCACAGGUCUAUGAGAAGUCUCUGAUUCAGGGUGAGGGAGAGAAGAUUAUCAAGAAUGCGCAGUUCAUGCAGAUAUACCGUAGUCGUGAAGUAGGUCAAUCUUACAUCACCUCCAUUGCAACAACGUUGCUUGCUGUUCUCCAUGCUCUGUGGCUAAUAAUAAGAAUCAGACCACAAGUGAUAUUUUGCAAUGGUCCAGGGACGUGCAUUCCUCUAUGCGCAUCAGCUUUCCUUCUGAAGGUAGCUGCACAUCCCAUGUUGUAUGCGCUCAUGGAAGAGUGCUUGGUUUGGGAUGGUCCUCCAUUUUCUACAUUGAAAGUAUUGCAAGAGUGAAGAAGCUUUCCUUGAGUGGUUUGUUGUUGUACAAGCUAAGGAUAUCAGAUCAGUUCUUUGUGCAGUGGACCCAGCUGCAACAAAAAUACCCUAGAGCACAAUAUGCCGGUCGUUUAAUGUGAAGAUUCACCUGUAGGUUAUAUUGGGACUACAUCUUUUCGACUGAGAUGUUUUUGAACAUGCUGACUGUAUCUGUACAACUAGACAAAUAUACAUGUGUAGCAGAAUGAGUGACACCCCCUGCAGUUGGCCGCACGCCUGUUUAACCGAAUUGCAGUAUCUUUUAGCUUUUUUGGCAUAGGAUUGCAAGUUGCAACUUUCAUACAUACUCAAAAUUCUUACUUCAAACUCUGUGAGAGUGUCUAUUGGUUCACUCAGAUAUACCCUGUUACCUGUACAGUCCAAGUGUAAACUAAUUCAGUAAAUUCCCGCCACAAUAUAUCAGUAA